AUGUUUACUCGGUGUAUUAUAUUAUUAUUGUUAACGAAUCAAUCGAAAGCAUUGAUUUCAAAUUCAACGAUUCACAUGGAUGCUACGGAAAUCGUCAGUAUGCAGAGAACACUCCUUGCUAAUUCACCAGCUGUUUACCAUAAAAUGCAAUCUCUUCAAUGUGCCAUGAUAGACAGCUGCUGUCCACAAAUCAAACCACAUUUAGCCGAGUAUUCUGGUAGUGUGGUUGACUUUGCCAGCGCGUUUCUCAUCUCAUGCAUUGCGGAUCCACAAAAUUCAGCAUUCGUUAAACCUUGCGAAGUAUACGAUGAAAUGUUCAUUUUGGUUCGCAGCGACGCUUUUAUAAAAUAUACCGAUUGUUUUAAUACAGCAAUGGCUGAAAUUGAAAGUUCUACUGUUGACAUAGAGCAAACAUGUUCAUCUAACGAAAUUUACAUUGCAAUGUGCGACUGGAACAAACGAAACGAAACGGAAUCAUGCGAACGAAAAAAUCUUAUGUACGUGGCAAAUCGUUCAAACGAUGAUGACUAUCGAACCUUCGUACAAGAGAGAAAGAAGAAUCUUCAGUUUCUGAUCGACACGAUGAAGAGAGCGUUUCCCAUGGAUUAUACGGUCGAAACAGCCACAUCUGAUAGCAAUAGGUCCGUCUCUACUACGGUGCGUAGUUCAGAUGCAUCAUUAGUCUUUGCAAAAAUAACAGUACAGACACCAAUUACUUUACUGUUUGUUCUAUUUUUCACUAAUUGA